GAGACCCCACACCCACCUCUAGUCUCCUCCCACUUCCCUCCCUCCCUCCCUCCCUCUCCCCACCCACCAAAAAACACUCCCCCCUUCCCUCCGGCACUUCACUUCUUCUCCCAUUUCUCCGAUCAUUCUUCCUUUUUAUAGCCCAUCGGGUUCGGAACUCGAUCUUCUGAUCGAUCUUCCCGGAAUUCAUUGUUUCGGGAAAUGGAGGAGGAGGUAAUCAAGAUUUGUUCAUUGGUGUGUGUGGCGAUAAUGGUGUCAUUCUUAUGCGAGCCGUUUGUGAGUGCGACGAAUGAUGACACCGCCGCCGUUGCCACCACCACGGGGCCUUGUCAGUGCAGCUUCCCUACGCCGCCGUCACUUCCUCCGCCGUCUCCUCCCCAGCUCUCUCCUCCCCAGCUGUCUCCUCCUCCCCCGCCUCUUAGCCCCGGCGGCAACAAUUACGACAACUUACCGACGCCCCCGCCUCCUUCUGGCUCCGGCAACCCAAGUUUUUCUCCCCCUAGUGGCGGCGGGGGUAGCGGUUCUCCCCCAUCCCCACCAAAUUACCCCACAGGGCCGGCGCCACCGCCUCCGAACCCGAUCCUCCCCUAUUUCCCGUUUUAUUACCUCAGACCGCCGCCUCCCCCGUCUGGAUCCACCCGAUUCCCAGCCUCUAUUUCUUGCUUGGGCUUCACAACGCUCUCUCUGUUCUUUCUUUUCCUUUGAUCAUGAUGAAUACCAUACAUACAGACAUAGUGUAUAAGUGUUCCUAUAAAAGAAUUAAGUGUCGGAAUCCCAGAUCGAUCUCCAACUGUCUUCUUAGUCUUUGAUCAUCAGAUUGCAGCCUGGGGAGAUUGGACAAGGAGAAGAAGAGGAAUACUAUCAAUCGAAUCCAAGACUUGUCUGAUCUGUCUCAUGGAUCCUGUGGUGGUUAAUCUGUAUAUCGUUGACUUUUAGUUACUUGUCAUUUGGUGUUACACUCCACCCCGGAGUUUCCUUUGCAUAGUUUGUAACGACAAUCUUGUCAUUAAUUUAUUUACGGAGUAUCAUUUUUUCUUAAUUAAUUGCUGUAAUGGUU